AUGGGGCAAAAACAAACAUCUGUGGCUCCCUCCUUGGACAAGAAACAAUUUUCGGCGUACGACAAUGGCUUAGAUAAAAUCCUCACCAAAUUCUGGGAGGUGGAGGAUCUACCAAUAAAGUUGGUAAAUGAAUCCGAUUCCGUCUGCGAAGAGAAUUUUCUCCGAACGACCACGAGAGAUGCGAAUGGCAGAUACGUCGUAACCCUACCUUUUCGCGACCCGGAACAUCCAGGGUCAGGGUUAGGGUACUCCAAGUCUUUUGCGUUAUCUCAAUUUUUGAGAAACGAGCAACGCUUAAAAAGAGACAUUCCACUAAAGAUACGAUACGACUCAGUGAUUCAAGAAUAUCUGGAUCUGAACCAUAUGAGAGAGGUCUUUCCUACCCACGAUUUCGCCAGCUACUACCUUCCACAUCAUGCCGUACUUAAGCCUGAGAGCAUUACUACAAAGCUGCGCGUAGUGUUCAACGCAUCCAGUCCUUCUGCGAAUGGGGCCAGUUUAAAUGAUAUCCUUCAUGCUGGCCCAGUCUUACAAUCCGACCUUACCAUUCAAAUCCUAAAGUGGCGGUAUUUUCAAUACGUGUUUAGCGCCGAUAUUGAAAAGAUGUAUCGGCAGAUCUGGGUAGAUCCGAAGCACACGCCUUUCCAGCGGAUAUUGUUCCGUAAUCCUGAUAGGGACAUCCGAGAGUUCGAGUUAAAAACGGUCUCCUUUGGAGUCAAUUGCGCUCCGUACCUGGCCAUUCGCGUGCUUCAACAACUGGCAACUGACGUACAACACAGCCAUCCUAAAGCGAGUGAUGUCAUUCGUCAUUUUUUGUAUGUAGAUGAUAUCCUAGCUGGCGCCGACUCUAAAGAAGACGCUCGGCUCUCGAUUCAAGAGCUCAACUCCGCUGGGUUUCCAUUGAGAAAAUGGACGUCCAAUCAUAAGGAUAUUUUGCCUCACAUUCCGAGUGACCAUCUCUUGCGCUCCGAUUUUCUGGAGAUCGAUGCCGAAAGCAUGGCAAAAACGCUCGGUGUCCGUUGGAAAGCCAUAUCUGAUGAAUAUUUCUUUGUUCCGCCCGAAUUAUCCGAUGAAUCGUCCCUUACAAAACGCCAGGUUCUGUCACAAAUUGCCAAAUUGUUUGACCCUGCAGGGUGGCUCGCGCCCUUCGUAGUGCGUGCGAAAAUCUUCAUGCAGGAGAUUUGGCUGCAGGACCUGGGGUGGGACGAUGAACUUCCAAGUGAUCUGUGUCUGAGAUGGCAGAGCUUUCUACAAAGCUUUUCUGCCUUAAAUCGAAUCCGCAUUCCAAGACGCGAGUUGCGCCGGUAA